AUUAUAUUUUAAUUUUUUGUAAAAGUAUUGAAAAAAAAAAAAAAAUUAUUGAAAAUGGAUAUGAAACCGUUUUUUGGAGGCUAUCCAUUUCAAGGACAAGGAAGAAUGAAUCAAUUGGGUGGUGUAUUUAUAAAUGGUCGACCAUUACCACAUCAUAUUAGAAAAAAAAUAGUUGAAAUGGCUGUUGCUGGUACACGACCAUGUAUGAUAUCAAGACAUUUACGUGUAUCACAUGGUUGUGUAUCAAAAAUAUUAAAUAGAUAUCAAGAAACUGGUUCAAUAAAACCAGGUGUUAUUGGUGGUAGUAAACCUCGUGUUGCAACACCUGAAGUUGAAACAAGAAUUGAAGAACUUAAACGUGAUAAUCCGGGUAUAUUUUCAUGGGAAAUACGUGAUACACUUGUAAAGGAGGGAUUCUCGGAUCCACCAAGUGUCAGUUCUAUUAGUCGACUUUUACGUGGAGGAAGACCAGGUGAUGAUGGCAAAAAGGAUUACACUAUUGAUGGAAUAUUAGGUGGUGGUGGUCGAUGUGGUGGUGGUGGUGAUGAUUCAGAUACUGAAAGUGAACCAGGUGUACCAUUAAAACGUAAACAACGACGUAGUAGAACAACAUUUUCAAAUAGUCAACUUGAACAAUUAGAAUCAGCAUUUUUACGUGCUCAAUAUCCAGAUGUAUAUGCUAGAGAAGAACUUGCCCAAAGAACUGGUUUAACUGAAGCAAGAAUACAAGUAUGGUUUAGUAAUAGACGUGCAAGAUUACGUAAACAUGCUGGUAAUAUGCAUACACUACCAUCAUUACCAUUAACACAAUGUCAAUAUGGUACAUCAAACGGUCAUGAUUUAAGUCAAUUAAUGCCACAAGUUACAUCACAAUUACCAAGUGGUAUAACACCAGUAUCAACAACAUUACAUCAUCAAAUGCCAUCAAGUACAUUACAUCAAAUGUCAGCAUCAAUGGUUCCAAAUCAAUUAUCAACAACAACAAGUAUGAAAAAUGAUUUACAAUCAAGUAGUAUUACUGGUUCAUCAUUGACUAAUUUAACUGGACCACAAUCAACAGCUAGUAGUGCUCAUUCUUCUGCUUCUGCUGCUGCUGCUGUAUCAUCUGGUUUUUCACACAAUACUGGUAAUAAUGACUGGUCAAGAACGUCACAACUUAAUUGGGGACAAUUUAAUCAUUUUCAAAGUGGUGCUGAUUAUUCAUCAAGUCAUCCAAAUCAUCAUCCAUCGAGUCAUGGUAUUGGUCAUCAAGUACCAACUGCUUGCAAUCCAGUUGGCACACCCACUGAAUGGGGAUAUGAACAAAAUUAUGAUUAUGCACAUCAACAUGCACAAUUAAAUUAUCAUCGAAGUGUCAGUGGUAUAUUUUAG